AUGAAGGACGCCAAGCGUAGGAAGCUCUCCAGCGGAGCACGGGAUCCCAAGAAACACCACCAAAGUACCGAAGUCCGCGAUAUUGAGAAACCGUCUCUGAAAGCACCACCGCCACCAAAGCCACCUGCGAACGAGGAGAGCGAGGAACAAGAAGACGAGGCCGAAGAAGAGGAUGACGAGGAAGGAGAGGAGGAAUCGGCUACUGUCGACGCUCCCUCUGUCGAGGAAGAUGCGCCAAAGAAGACGUUUGCCGAUUUGGGUAUCGUGGACGCUCUUUGCGAAGCAUGUGAUGCUCUCAACUACAAGCAUCCUACAGCGAUCCAGGAAAAAUCCAUUCCCAUUGCCCUCCAGGAUCGCGAUAUUAUCGGACUGGCAGAGACUGGAAGCGGAAAGACCGCCGCAUUCGCUCUUCCAAUGCUGCAGGCACUGCUCGACAAGCCCCAGCCACUCUUUGGCCUUGUCCUUGCACCAACUCGCGAGCUAGCCACCCAGAUUGGACAGGCUUUCGAGGCCCUUGGCUCUAUGAUUUCGCUGAGGUGCGCUGUUAUUGUUGGAGGUCUGGAUAUGAUGCCCCAGUCCAUUGCUCUGAGUAAGAAGCCGCACGUCAUCGUCGCCACUCCCGGUCGACUGGUCGAUCACUUGGAAAAGACCAAGGGGUUCUCCUUGCGCACCCUCAAGUACCUGGUCAUGGACGAGGCGGACCGUCUUCUGGACAUGGACUUUGGCCCUAGCAUCGACAAGAUUUUAAAGUUUGUCCCGCGCGAGCGCCGAACUUUCCUGUUCUCUGCUACCAUGAGCUCCAGGGUGGAGAGUCUCCAAAGAGCUAGUUUGCGCGAUCCCGUGCGCGUAAGUGUGAGCUCCAACAAGUACCAGACUGUUUCUACGCUGAAGCAGCACUAUGUCUUCAUCCCCCACGCCCGAAAAGACACCUACCUCAUCUUCCUUGUCAAUGAUUUUGCUGGACAGUCCAUCAUUAUCUUCACUCGCACGGUCUGGGAGACCCAGCGUGUUGCCAUUCUUCUGCGUACGCUUGGAUUCGGAGCCAUCCCCCUCCACGGCCAGCUCUCACAGUCUGCUCGUCUUGGGGCCCUCAACAAGUUCCGUUCUGGUGCCCGCAACAUUCUCGUAGCAACCGACGUCGCUGCUCGUGGUCUUGAUAUUCCCAAGGUCGAUGUUGUCCUGAACCACGAUCUACCUCAGGACUCCAAGACGUACAUCCAUCGUGUCGGUCGUACAGCCCGUGCCGGGAAAUCGGGUGUCGCCAUCAGUAUCACAACCCAGUACGACCUGGAGCUGUUCCAGCGAAUCGAGGCUGCGCUAGGGAAGAAGCUCUCAGCAUACCCGACAGAAAAGGAGGAGGUGAUGGCCUUCCAGACUCGCGUGGAAGAGGCCCAGAGGAUUGCCAGAGUGGAGAUGAGAGAUGCGCAAGACCAGAAAGGAAACCGCGGCAGGACGAUGCGAGAAAACCGUGGGGCCAAGCGAGGGAGAAGGGAUGACAUGGAUCAGGAGGAUGGUUAG